AUGGCUCGUAUGCGACGGACAAGUUCAGGUAGUUUUGCUGGCGAGGACGUACUCCGACCGGGUUCGACAUCUGGAAGUCCUUCGCAGCAUGUGAAGAAUGUCAGACGAUCUCCGAGGAAGAAGGCAACCGCGAACUACCUUGAAAACGACCACCAGGACAGGUUAUACGACACCGGAGGUCUUGAAAAUCAGAUCAAAACAAUACUUCCUCCCACUACGAAGUCCAGGCAAAUACGGCUAGCACCCCUAGGCGCAUGUCGUGGUACGGUCUUGACAGGACCCGGUAACUUCCAUCGCACAGCUAAAAGGACCCAUGAGGGCAAGCCUACAGUCUUGACAACAAAACUUCCUGCUCAACUGGAUACCGGAUUAAGCGUGGCUAUGCCAGCUGAGGAUAUGGACCAUGAUCUGGCCCGUGUCUUGGAUAUCGAGGUCGAUGUUGAAGAGACUGUCUGGUGCGGCUCCGUGUCAUCAUCAGACGGUUCAGAGGAUGAGCUUCCGAGUCCUCAAAAGCUCAUAAACUUUGGCAAGAUCAACAAGCUCAGCAAUCUUGAUGGCGAUGCGUCGGACUUCACCCAAAGCUUUAGUACAUUGCGUAAUGGUGGUAACCGGCAGGUGGACUUACCGCCCGUGCCUCGAACGAAGGAAAUCACUGCUUCACGACCAAUGAGUUCCAGCGAUAAAGAGAAUGACAGCAGAGCCAUACUUCGCUUCUCGCCACCACGUUUGUACAGUCCUCGGAAAGCUCGAGACUUGGGACGCCCAUCAACUCCACCACCUACAUCACCAACUACAAGCAGACUGAAAUCUCCCUCAAAGCAAGCAGCGAGGAUACCGACGCCCCCAUUCCGGCAAAGUCUUGACGCCUUCUGGGAUGCAGAAGCUGUCAAUGACUGGAACGAGCAGUACUCGCCUCGCAAGGAGUGGUCACCAAAGAAGAAUAAGCUCAUUGGAAAUCAAAACUCCUCUUCGCCUACAGCAUCGCCUCGAAAGACCCAAAGUCCAUCCAAGCGCACCAAAACCGAGAUGGCCAACAAGCGAGACUGGGAGGCGCGCAAGCAUCAGGUAGCUGAGGGCUUCCUGGCAGAUCUGGACGACAGAAUCACCACUGGAAAAGUACGGGAGCUUGCGGCUGGUACUGGUGGCGUGCGCUUCAUAUGGAGCAAGACGUUGAAUUCGACUGCAGGUAGAGCUAAUUGGCGGCGUGAAACGAUACGGUCACGACAGCUCGACGGGGCUUCAUUAAAAAUCCACAAGCACCACGCUUCCAUCGAGCUGGCAGAGAAGGUCAUAGACGACGAAGAACGCCUUCUCAACGUCAUCGCGCACGAAUUCUGCCACCUUGCCAACUUCAUGGUCUCCGGCAUCAAAGACCAGCCUCACGGCAAGCAGUUCAAGGAAUGGGGUCGCAAGACCACCCAAGCAUUCGCUCAUCGCGGCGUAGAAGUCACAACAAAGCACUCCUAUCAGAUCGAAUACAAGUAUAUAUGGCAGUGCUCGAACGAAGACUGUGGCUCUGAGUUCAAACGCCACUCGAAGAGCGUCGACCCGAAACGCCAUACCUGUGGCGCGUGUCGGAGUAAACUCGUGCAAAUCAAACCUAUACCGCGUAAAGAUGCUGCUGGGAAUGUCGGCGGCGCUGUGACGGGCUACGCAGCGUACGUCAAAGAGCACUAUGCUGGGAUCAAGGCUGGACUGCCCAUGGGUGCUACGCAAAAGGGGGUCAUGGAGGCCAUUGGGCGGCAGUAUAGGUCCGAGAAAGCGAAGAAGGCGGCCUCCCCUGUGUUGGUACCCACUUCCCAUCUAUCCAGAUCGUCCUCCACGCAGUCGUUGUCAUCUAUUGGGCCUGGGGAUGACAAGAAGAUACUUGACUCUGGAGACACGGGUCGGGAGCUCAACGAUGUGGCUCGAGUGUUGGAGUUCAUCACGAUAGCCGACGACUAG